AUGGCAAGCGAAAAUGGUCAAUGGUAUUGGAAUGCAGCUCAAAACCCUUUUUCUCCAAAUACACCAGCUCAAUGGACAGCAUAUUCUACAGAAGACAAUGCUAAAAUUGAACAGAGUUUAAAAAAUAAAGAUACAAAAGCUGAGCUUGCCAAUCAUCAUAUAUUUUUUAAAGAACGUAUGCAAGUACAUAAAUCAGAUUUUCAAAAACAAAGACCAGUUAAACGAGACCCACCACCACCAAAAUAA